AUGUCUGCUGAGGCUCCCACCACCGCUCCCGCCGCUGAGCCUGUCGUCAAUGGCACCCCUGAGGCAACCCAGGCCCCCGCCGAGGCUGCUCCUGAGGCCGCCGGCGAUGCUGCCAACAACCAGCCCCACUCGGCUUCCCUCUAUGUCGGCGAGCUUGACCCCUCCGUGACCGAGGCCAUGCUCUACGAGCUCUUCUCUUCCAUCGGCCAGGUCGCUUCCAUCCGUGUCUGCCGUGAUGCUGUCACCCGCCGUUCCCUCGGUUACGCCUACGUCAACUACAACAACACCGCUGACGGUGAGCGUGCCCUUGAGGACCUCAACUACACUCUCAUCAAGGGCAAGCCUUGCCGCAUCAUGUGGUCCCAGCGUGACCCCGCUCUGCGCAAGACUGGCCAGGGUAACGUCUUCAUCAAGAACCUCGACAACGCCAUUGACAACAAGGCUCUCCACGACACCUUCGCUGCCUUCGGUAACAUUCUCAGCUGCAAGGUCGCUCAGGAUGAGUUCGCCAACUCCAAGGGCUACGGUUUCGUUCACUACGAGACCGCCGAGGCUGCCAACAACGCUAUCAAGCACGUGAACGGCAUGCUGCUGAACGACAAGAAGGUCUUCGUCGGCCACCACAUCUCCAAGAAGGACCGCCAGAGCAAGUUCGAGGAGAUGAAGGCUAACUUCACCAACAUUUACAUCAAGAACAUCGAUCUCGAGAUCACUGACGAUGAGUUCCGCACCAUGUUCGAGCAGUUCGGUGAGAUCACCUCCGCCACUCUCAGCCACGACCAGGAGGGCAAGAGCCGUGGAUUUGGUUUCGUCAACUACGCCAACCACGAGAGCGCCGAGGCCGCCGUUGCUGAGAUGAACGAGCGGGAAGUUAAGUCCCAGAAGCUCUACGUCGGCCGUGCCCAGAAGAAGCACGAGCGUGAGGAGGAGCUGCGCAAGCAGUACGAGGCUGCCCGCAUGGAGAAGGCCUCCAAGUACCAGGGUGUCAACCUUUACGUCAAGAACUUGACCGACGACAUUGAUGAUGAGAAGCUCCGUGACCUGUUUGCUCCCUACGGUACCAUCACUUCCGCCAAGGUUAUGCGUGACGCCGCUGAGCGCUCGCCUACCCCCGAGGCCGAGAAGGAGGGCGAGGAGACCAAGGAAGCCAAGGAGGGUGAGGAGAAGGAGAAGGAGGUCAAGACCGAGGAGAAGGAGACCACCGAGGAGAAGAAGACCGAGGAGGGUGAGGAGUCCGAGGAGAAGAAGAACGAGAAGAAGGCCUUCGGCAAGAGCAAGGGCUUCGGUUUCGUUUGCUUCAGCAGCCCCGAUGAGGCCUCCAAGGCCGUCACUGAGAUGAACCAGCGCAUGGUCAACGGCAAGCCCCUCUACGUUGCUCUCGCUCAGCGCAAGGAUGUCCGCCGCAGCCAGCUUGAGGCCAGCAUCCAGGCUCGCAACACUAUCCGCCAGCAGCAGGCCGCUGCCGCUGCCGGUAUGCCCCAGCCUUACAUGCAGCCCGCUGUCUUCUACGGUCCUGGCCAGCAGGGCUUCAUGCCUCCUGCCCAGCGUGGUGGCAUGCCUUUCGCUCCUCAGCCCGGUAUGAUGCCCGGUAUGCCCGGCGGUCGUCCCCAGUACCCCGGUCCCUUCCCCCAGGGUGGCCGUGGUAUGCCCCCCAACCAGAUUCCUCCCAACUUCCAGGGUAUGCCCAUGGGCAUGCAGGGUCCUGGUGGUGUCCCUAACGGCAUGGGCUUCCCCAUGGCUCAGGCAUAUGGACGUGGCGGCGGUGGCCGUGGCCAGGUUGGCGGUAUGCCCAUGAACAUGCGUGGCGGUCCUGGAUUCGGUCGUGGUGGUCCUCAGAUGGGUCGUGGCCGUGGCCAGCCCGCUCCCGGUGCCCAGCCCGCUGGCGAGCCCGCCUCUGCCAACCAGGCUCUUCUCGCCGCUCCCCCUGCCCAGCAGAAGCAGAUGCUCGGCGAGGCCCUUUACCCCAAGAUCCAGGCUCAACAGCCCGAGCUUGCUGGCAAGAUCACUGGUAUGCUGCUUGAGAUGGAUAACGCUGAGUUGCUUGGCUUGCUCGAUGAUGAGGAGGCUCUCCGCGGCAAGGUCGAUGAGGCCCUUAACGUCUAUGAUGAGUACAUGAAGAACAAGGGUGAUGGUGAGGCUACCGAGGCCAAGCCCCAGGAGGCCGCUAAGGAGGCCCCUGCUGAGGAGAACAAGUCUUAA